GGGAAAAGGAAUCAGGUAUCGAAACUGACUUCCAGAGCUCCACUGCCUCCCUGCACCAUGCCCUACAACUUCUGCCUGCCCAGCCUGAGCUGCCGCACCAGCUGCUCCUCCCGGCCCUGCGUGCCCCCCAGCUGCCACGGCUGCACCCUACCUGGGGCCUGCAACAUCCCUGCCAAUGUGAGCAACUGCAACUGGUUCUGCGAGGGCUCCUUCAAUGGCAGCGAGAAGGAGACCAUGCAGUUCCUGAACGACCGCCUGGCCAGCUACCUGGAGAAGGUGCGUCAGCUGGAGCGGGAAAACGCGGAGCUGGAGAACCUCAUCCGGGAGCGGUCGCAGCAGCAGGAGCCCUUGCUGUGCCCCAGCUACCAGUCCUACUUCAAGACCAUUGAGGAGCUUCAGCAGAAGAUCCUGUGCAGCAAGUCUGAGAAUGCCAGGCUGGUGGUGCAGAUCGACAAUGCCAAGCUGGCUGCAGAUGACUUCAGAACCAAGUACCAGACGGAGCUGUCCCUGCGGCAGCUGGUGGAGUCUGACAUCAACAGCCUGCGCAGGAUUCUGGAUGAGCUGACCCUGUGCAGGUCUGACCUGGAGGCCCAGGUGGAGUCCCUGAAGGAGGAGCUGCUGUCCCUCAAGCAGAACCAUGAGCAGGAAGUCAACACCUUGCGCUGCCAGCUUGGAGACCGCCUCAACGUAGAGGUGGACGCUGCCCCU